CUCUCCUCUGUUACGAUGAGUCUUUCUUUAUCCUUCACUCAUCCAAUCAUAAGCCGCCAUGUAUACUCCGCUGCAUUUUCUCAUCCUAUUCCUCUUCAUCCUCCCCGUUCUCUCUUUCUCUCUCCUUACACCCCCAACAAGUCCCGUUUCCAUAUUCUCUAUCGCGUGCCCCAUCGCGCCACCGCACUCUCAGCCACUGCUGUAACCGCCUCUAUCUUCCGAUACACCGUUGCUUCCGCCACUUUCUUCGCUGGCGCUUAUGCUCUCGCCUUCACCUUCGAUACGCUCAACCGAAAAGAACUCAUUCAACAGAGUUUAAGUAGAAAAUUGGUGCAUAUAUUAUCUGGAUUACUUUUUGCCAUUUCGUGGCCAAUAUUCAGCAACACCAUUGAAGCUCGUUACUUUGCAUCUCUGGUCCCACUUGUGAAUUGCUUAAGGCUUGUAAUUCAUGUCCUCUCUUUGUCUGAUGAUCAAAGCAUGGUCAAAUCUGUGACUCGAGAAGGAGAUCCCAAGGAGUUGCUUAGAGGGCCAUUAUAUUAUGUGGUGAGCUUGAUGAUGUGUACUCUGUUGUUUUGGCGUGAAUCUCCGGUCGGUGUCAUCUCCUUGGGAAUGAUGUGCGGCGGAGAUGGUGUUGCAGAUAUAAUGGGAAGAAAAUUUGGGUCAUCCAAGCUUCCUUAUAAUGAAAUGAAGACUUGGGUUGGCAGCAUUUCCAUGUUUGUUGCCGGAUUCUUCAUUUCUACCGGGAUGGUGUGCUUUUACUCGGCUCUUGGAUACUUCGAAUUGGAUUGGGGAUGUGCAAUUCAUAGGGUUGCUUUGGUUUCUCUAGUGGCAACUGUGGUUGAAUCUCUUCCGAUUUCCAACUUAAUUGAUGAUAAUAUUUCUGUUCCUCUUGCUUCCAUGCUUGCUGCCUAUUUCACUUUUACAUACUGAUUUCUUCCUUUUUCUAUCGUUAUGUUCAUUUUGUUUCUUUUACUUUUCAA